AUGAACAGCUUUGACUACGGCCCACCGAAUGGCUUUACGCUUCGGCGAAAUUCUACUUGUUCUGCAAACGAGCACAACUGCACCUUCAAUCCCUGGGGAGGCAACCAGUGGCAUAACUGUUGUCCGCAGGGCUCCUACUGCGUCGACGACGACAGCUAUAUUUGUUGCCCGACUGAAUCAGGGUGCAGAAUCAAUCUCACGCAAGAUCCGCACUGCGCAAAUAAUGAGACUUGGAACCUGUGGAUCAACUACUUAAACGAAGGCAAAGAUGAACAUUACUUCUGCUGUCCGCCUGGCCAGGUCGGCUUCUUACAGACUUUGGGCGAAGAUAGUGAAGGUGUCGGCUGUGCGGAUCCUCCUCUGACUGGGGGCGAUCAAAAAUCACUCUCUCUUGUGGCAAGUGGUACUCCGAGUGCAUCACGAACACCCUCCGCGACGGCGACACCCACAGAAACACCAACAGAGGCACCAGCGGAAACAGACACAGAUACCUCACCCUCAACAGAAUCUACCAACAAAGGGGCUAUUGCCGGUGGUGUUGUCGGUGGCUGUGCUGGACUCGCUCUUAUAAUUGCCCUAGUUUGGUUCCUACUAUAUCGUCGGCGGAAGCAGGCUGGACCUGCAAUAAGCCCUGGUGCUAGCACGCCAGCUGAGAAGUACCAGACUACCCCCAAGGAGCUACCUGAUAGUUCUGCUAGGGCUGAGCUGCCUAGCCCUGGUGGAAUGGCCCAUGAGCUGCCUGCAAAUGAACGCUAA